AUGUUUCUCGUGGACGUCUCUGCGUCCAUGGGGAAACUGAGGACGGUGGAUCUACCAGACGCUCCGAACGGCGAGCCACAGACGGCAGAAAUGACCAACCUUGAGUGGGCGCUACAGUUUGUAAAACUAAAGAUACAGGAAAUGAUCUACCACGGAAGGAAGACCGAACAGUGCGGUGUCAUCCUAUUCGGGGCUGAAGAAACCAAGAACAUAAUUCACGACAAAAGCGGUGGCUAUGAACAUGUCAUGAACUAUAUCGACAUUACUAUGCCUAAUGCAGGCACUCUUGCCAAGUUAUCCGAACUUGAGCCCUCAGAAGAAGUCGGAGACCCAAUCGACGCUCUUGUCGUGGGCAUCGAGACCCAGAGGACCUAUCUAGCCAACAAGAAGACCUGGACGAAAAAAAUAGUCCUGCUGACGGAUGGCGCAAAUCCCAUCGAAGUCGAAGACUGGGAGGCAAUUGUCGAGAAGAUGAAUACUUUGGAUAUAAGCUUGACUAUUGUUGGCGUAGACUUUGAUGACGAUGAGUUACCCUUCCACGAGGGAAACAAAUCGACCAUCAAGCGAGCAAACGAGGCUUUCUUCCACAAUUUCGUUUCUCGGCUGGAGAAUGGCAUAGUGGGGACAUGUGCUUUAGCUCUACGCGAAAUCUCCCGUCCAGACGUGAAAAUCGUCAAGUCUACCCUGAUGGGAUCCAUCCUUCGUCUGGGUGACGUGGAUGCGCGAUCCGAGGAAGCCAUUGAGGUGCUUGUCAAGUAUAGUAAGUGCACUGCAGUGACUCGUCCCAAGGGAUUCAAGAAAUUCGGGAAGCGAAAAACGUUCCCGGACGGCACAGAAGUGGACUCUGAUAAGGCCCUAUGGGUUGAGCUGAAGCAGCAGACACAGUACGUCCUGGAUGAGGGGGACGAAGAUAGCGACAUCGAUAUGAAAGAUGAGGAGCAAGCCGAGGAGGGAGAUAAGAAAAGCAAGAAUGGCAAUGUCAAGCCGCUGACAAAGGAAGAGCUGCAGCGAGGCUUCAAGUACGGCUCGACAUACGUGCUUUGUCCUGAUGGAUCGUUCCCCAAGCUUGAAACGCGGAAAGGCAUUGAUAUCGCUGGAUUCUUCAAGUCCAAGAAUUUCCGCAGGGACCAUGCUAUGGGAGAGGUGUACUACGUAUGGGCCGACCCUACUUCACCGCAGCAACAAGUAGCCUUUUCGUCAAUCGUGCAAGCUAUGUUCGAGCAAGGUGUAAUGGCCAUCAGCAGAUGGGUAAGUAGGGACGGUGCCGAUCCGAAGAUGGGAGUGCUCUCGCCGAGCGUGUUUGAGAGUGUCGACUGUCUACUGUGGGUGCAAAUGCCAUUCGCAGAUGAUGUCCGGAAGUACACAUUCGCAUCUCUGGAGAAUCUGGUAAACAAGAAUGGCGAGCGGAUCCUGAAACAUCCGUAUCUUCCCACCAACGAGCAACUUGAUGCUAUGGAUAAUUUCGUCGAUGCUAUGGACCUCAUGGAUGCAGGGGAGAAGGACGAAGAAGGAAAUCGCGGUCCAUGGUUUGACGUCCGGUUUUCCUACAACCCCGCAGUUCAUAGGGUCAAGCAAGCCCUAUUCCACAGCGCUAUUGUCUCGGACCUGACUACGAAUCCUCUACCUCCUCCACAUCCUGAGCUCCUGAAAUACUUCGAUCCUCCUAAGCGUGUCUUGAAACGCGCGAGACCAACUAUUGAGGAGUGCAAGAAUCUCUUCAAUGUUAAGGAAGUGCCUAAAAGAGUCUUCAAGCAGCGCAAGGACGGGCAUGUCCGUGCAGCCGAUGAAGACCAGGAUAUGUUACUGCUGGAGAAGAUCCCACGUCGCACGCAAUCGAUUGCCUCCCAAUCGCAACUGCAAGCAUCCGGCUCUUCUCAGUUGAUUCCAGCUAAGACAGCUCCAGAAGUUGCCGCUGAAUCGGAAACAGAGGAUGAAGACGAAGAGAUGUUGCUCGACGGAAAGAAGACGCCCAAUAAACCACAGAAAAAUCAUAACAUACCCACCCCCGCUCCUGAGUCACCCGAACAUGACAUGGGCAGGGACGAAGGCAGGAUUGUUGGGAGGACUCGUCCAUUAGAGGAUUUCAGGAAGAACCUCGUUAAGGGAGACCUGGUGUCGAAAGCCGUCGGGGACCUGGCAUACGUGAUUAAGGACAUCGUGCUCAAGCCAUUCGCGUCAAGGAGAACGGAGGAGCUGUUACAGUGCAUGCAGGAGCUCAGGGAAGUAUGCUUGAAGGAGGACGAGAUAGACGUGUGGAACGACUUUAUCCAGGAGCUCAAAGACGCCUGCCUGGAAUAUCCCGGCAAUCCAGAGUUUUGGGACGCAGUUAGGAAGCUCGGUCGAGGCAUCAGUCUCAUCAGUAAACCUGAAGCUAAAGAAGUCAAAGGGAAGUCUGCCUUCUCUGAAGCACUGGCUAUACAGGCGAGUUUACUUUCUCCGCUUGUUAACUUCGGGGCUGACAAGGAGUAUCCCCAGUUUAUUGAAUCGUGA